UUUAACCUAUAUCUUGUUUAUAUCAAAAUUCAUCCGAGCCAUCAAUCCACAAACAGCCCACCAUCCGUAACAAUUUUCAUUCACGACGCUAUGGGUAACGUACUCUCCGCCUUUUCCAGCGCUGCCGUUCUCGCCAAAGAAGAGAGGGAGGCUAUAGAAAAAAAGAUAUCUGAGAGAGAUGACAAUAUCAAUUCACUUGAAAAGGAUCUAGCUACUAAGGAAGAGGAGCUUGCUGAUGCUAAGAAGGAGCUUACCAAGAAUUCCGAGGAAGCAGAUGCCUUGAGAAAGAAGGUUGACGAAUUGGAAGCUCAAGCCACGAAACUUAACGAAGAACUCCAAGAACAAGUCGACAAGCUCCAGGGUGAAUUGAAACUAGCAACCGACAAUUCUUCUGAGAAGCAUCGUUCCCUCGAGGAGACUGCCUCUGCCCGGACCCAUGAACUGGAGCAGGCACGUGCCCAGCUGACCCAAUUGGAGGAGAAUCUGAACAACCUGCAGCAGGACAAGAAUUUGUUGAGUAAGGAGUUGUCAGAAGUGAAGCGAGAAUUAGCCGACGAGAUCGAGCAACGAAAUUCUCUAGAGGCUGCACUGAAAGAAGAAUUGACGUCUGUGAAAGAGGAGUUGCUUACUUCGAGCAAAGAUCAUGACGCUCUACAAAGCGAAUACAAAAAACUGACGGACGAGCUUGCAUCUGCAAAGGCCCGUGAAGAUGCCCAAGAGGGAACCCUUGUUAAAUCACAGAACGAGUACAACGCCCUCCAACAAGCUCACGAUCAGCUCAAGAAGUCUUUGGAAGACGAAAUUUCUUCGGCUAAGAAAAGUUUAACCGAUGCACAACGGAAGUAUACCGCCUUAGAACAAACACACAACCAGACGAUAGCGGAAUCCAAUGAGAAAAUCGAUGCAGCAGAGAAGGAUGCCGUCGAGUGGAGAGCGAAGCACGCAUCUUUACAGAGCGAUUAUGAUGGCAUCGCCAAGGAACUUACUACUGCGAAUGAAGAGGCGGCCACCAGAGACGAGCAGAGCAAGGCGCGUGAGCAGGCGCAUGAGGCAGAGCUGCGACAGUUCCGUGCUGAUGUAGAGAAGUUGCAGCAGAACAUAGCCGCUUUAGAAGAGACUCAGGGAAAGCUGAAGGCUGACCACGCAACCGAGCUCGAGAGUGCCAAGCAGGAAGCAGCCCAGCUACAGGACAAGUUAAAAUCCACCCAAGACGAGCGUGAAGCCUUACAACAGCAGCAUGAGGAGCAGGCGGCGGAACUUGAGAAGGCAAGACAAGAGGCUUCUGAGCUACAGGGCAAGCUUAAGUCCGCUGGGAAUGAGCAGGAGAAGUUACAGAAGCAGCACGAUGAACAAGCAAGUCAUAUUUCCAGUCUUCAGGGUCAAGUUGAAGAGGCGAAUGUUAAGGCAGUGAAGGCCGAGAACAGCCUCGAUGCUGCGCAAACUGAGAAGACGACCCUCGAGGGUAAGCUCAGCGCGCUGGAGUCCGAGAAGAAAGAUCUUGCAGAGAAAGCGGAGGCCCUUGAGAAGGAGAUAAAAAAGUUAAAGGCGGAGGCGUCGGUACCGCAGGUUAAUGGUACGACAGAGGGCAAGGGAGCCGAUGAAGCCGCUGCAUAAUCUGGCUGAUCACCCAGGUGCCGCCAUUUUUGCGUAAUUAUCGAACCAUCGAGACAGGGAUAUCACCGUUAAUGAUGUCUAUCACGACAAAGGAACCCUAAUGUUAAUACCAGACAGAAUGUUUUAUAACAUUAUGCCAAUCGUUCGAUAGCAGGCAGGGGCUGUUGAAUCCGAAGGCUAGGCUUACGUGCGCUUGCUUCGGAUGUGAAUAAUAGGAGGCAUGUACUUGGAAUUAUUGCCCC